CUCAGAUAUUUUGAUUGCAGUGCGCAAGCGCAGGCACCUUGGUGUCCAUUUAUUUAGUUAUUUUUAUCAUAAAAAUCUUUGGUUCGUUACUUUUUCUGAUAAGUUCCGGCAACAUGAGGAGUUGUAACGAUGUUUUAAUGGUCUGGUUGUUUAUUAGCGUUAAUGUUCGUUGUCUGUGCGAUCUUACAGCCAACUUCACACAGUCAGUCUAAUUUCGUGAAGUCUUCCGAACCAGGAGAGGGCGCUAUGUUUAUUUUCUUGCCUUCCACAACGGAAACCACCCGGAUGUUGCUUUUAGUAGUUAGCUAAUACAUCCAUGAGUGAGACACAUGUCGACACAAACGUUGCUUCUAAAAUGGAAUUAAACGUCAAGAAAACGAGUUCAAAGGCGUUGCUUUCAUGUGGGAACGGACAAGGUCUCAGUGAGAAGCUUCUCCUCAAGCCAAAGGCUGGCAGACCCCCGCAGACGGAGAGAGUCCCGAGGAGCAGCGUGUUGGAGCGGUUGCAGAGCUUCCUGCCUCAGAUGGCCGCGGCCAACGAGAAGCUGAAGCAGCAGAUGGACGAGGCUCCGGCUGGGUGCUUCGACAUCGAGAGCGUGGAGGGGGCCCAGAGGGUCAUAGAGAUGGACGUAGCGCUGGUGGAGCUCAGCGGGUCCGACAGCGACUCAGAAGAUGGAGAGGAGACGUCGGAGGAUUCGGAGGAGGAGGAAUCCGACUCCGGCGAGGAGAGUGGCGUCACAGAGCAGAACCUUAAACUACCGGGAGACAACGGCAAGAGGAAGAAAGCCUUCAUCCAGGUUCUCCAUCCAGCGGGAGAGUAGAGAAGGUGGCGCCACAGACUUUUUGGCUGCGUGUUGAGUUCCUUUUCCGCAUGAGGUGAUGCGGGUUUAAACUGACCAGGGACAAAAACCUGUGCCUGCCUCAGGCGUGGAGUGAUUUCAACCUACUUCACAGACACAGAGACAGAACAGGAAGACACGGAUCUUCCUCCUCUCAUCCCUAUGGGAACAAAUAUCAUUUUGUACAUUUAAGGCUCACAGCUGCAAAAGUGCCUUUGGAUCCAGAACAGAUGCUGUGAUUACCUCAUCCAGUCUGGGCCAUCAGCUGACCUCUGAGUGGUCAUAAUGUGCAGGGUUUCCCCCAGAAAAGUUGGUAAGCCCGAUGGCAAGUGUCUUUUGGCAAGUUAGCUAAAAGCUAACUGGAGAUUUGAAAAUAUGACUGUGUCUAAGUUUCCAACCGAGCCGACCCACUGCAACUGUUGUUAAAAAAAUAAAAUAAAAAACUCAUCCACCCAGUGGCUAAGGCCUGGUGGGGGGCAAUUUAUGCCCGUUGGGCCACCUGGCUUGCAAUACACUGGGGGAAACCCUGAUGUGUAAAUGCGUAAUACUCACCUUGUUUGUUGGCCUCUGUUCAUUGUUUCGUCAGUUUAGGCCGCAACAUAUUUGUGCUUUCAUGAAGCACAGUUGGGAUCUUCUCAAGGAAGAUAGAUUACCAGAUUUUUUUUUUAUUAUUAAUUUUUUUAAUACAAAUAAAGCCUCUGUACACAAGC